GCCUCUUUCUACAAUUGGAAGGACUGUAUUCUAUGUCAAAUCAUCCUAUCACGGUUGUGGCGUCGUCAUCAUGACUAGGCAACGAUUCACCCAAGUUGGGGCACGGAAACCACGAGUCGUCAAUGCCAUGAUGAACCCCUCCACCACAAACGAGAGCCGUUUCCUUGACACUCAUCUCAACGAUAUCAAUUCUUCAUCAAAUUACCCCAAUCCAUAUUGUACACGGAUAUCGGCAACCUGGGAAAUACUUAAAGAUGAAAUCCAAGAACCCCGCUCUAUGCGACCACCUACCCGCCACUUACGAGGAUGGUAUAUAUCAAGAUGAAUCGGAUAAUUCCCGGGGCGUUCCAGUAGCAUCAAGCAGUAGGCCAAACCAAAGUCAGUACGCCUACGAUGACCUGCCGCCGUCAUAUGAGGAGACUCCUCUGUUGACCGGACCUCGAUAUCAAUCGGGGCCAAAAUCACAAUUGCAAUCAGAACCUCGAAUGCGAAGGAGAUGGUAUACGUCAGUACCAACAAUCAUACAGUUCCUCAUUAUACAAUUUCUAACCUCCCUGUGACAGGCCACCUCCCGAUUUACCCUUUUCUAGCCCCAGCAGAAAUCCAACAAAUGUUCAAACAUACUUCCCCGAUUACUCGACCGACGCUGAAACUCUGCGACAAAUGAUAUACGAUCAAGCCUCAUACACGCCAACCUACUAUAUGGAGCUGAAGGGAACGCAUACGGAAACUACAUACCGUCGCCAAUCAAAUGGAUUUACGAUUGGGAAUAACGGGGGCCGAGGUCAUAACCAUAAUGAAGAUAACAAUACCGAAUCACAAAGCUCAACUACCAUUACGGACUUCUUUAUUCGUAUCAAUAUGACCGAUCUUCUCAGCGCAGGCGCAAAUGUCGGUGGCGAGUUACAUCUUCUCGCAGAUAAUCAAAAAGGCUUCCGGGGAGGUAUUACAAAACGUCUCCAGCCAAGUGUCGCCUCCCCAGAUAUUGAUAACCAACACGAGGAGUUGAAAGCGUGGUGCGACAAGUAUGUUACGGACCCCUCGUUGAAAUCAUUUACAAUGAAGCGGGAAGUCAGUAAUCAUGAUACCAAAAAGCUGGAAGCCCUCCUUCGUUCUGCUGUUGCAUCCACGAACUAUCGAGGCCAUGUCUCCGUCUCUUUCCCAAUUACCCACCAGGCCGUGAUUGUGUACAGCCCGGGUUGGGUCAAUAAGUUACGCAUGAGGUGGUGGAUACGAUGGUUUUUUUAUCUUACAUUUCUUUGGAUUUUCAGUUGGCUGUACCUUUUUCUCGCCACAUCUAGAUACGAGGUUGUCAAGGUUGUUUUUCCUUACGCCGAUGUAUCUCCUGAAGACGCAUCCUACGGUUCAGAGCGAACGCCCACAGUGAUGAGUGAGACUGAGUGGUUUCACCUGUGGGAGAUGUCCAUUAAGCGGGGCGUUUUUGCGAGGUUGAACUGCCAAGCUUCUGAAAUGGACGACGAGUACCGACUCACAACGGAUCGACUGCUCGAGUCAAACCAUAUCAUUGGGCAGGAAAAUCCCUUUCAUAAUCUAUCUGGUGGGGGUUACGGGUCAAGGCACAUAGGGUUCGGGGCAUUUGGGUUCAGCAUUCAGUUUCCCGGGCAGUGGCAACAGCGGGAAGGUUGGGGAUACGAUUGCUAAAGUACUUUUCCUGUCGUUAUUCAUUCGAACAAGAAGUAAAAUCUAUCUAUAUAAACUGCCAUGAUAUCAC